AAAUGUUUUCUGACAGUACUUCUUUGGAAAUUGAAAAAGUCCGCUUGUCCGAUGCUGGGAUUUAUACAUGUGAAUCGAACAGCAAAUCUGAAAAUUCCGAGCUUGUUCUCUUUGAACUUUCUGCCACUCCAUCUGCUGACCUGAUAAUGAAAGAAACCCUCUCAAUCAACAUUCGUUCCUCUAAAUCUGAAUUUACACUACUUUGGAAGGUGCCUUCAAAUAUACCUGCUGUGAAGGAUUUAACAAAGAACCCACUGAUCCUGAGCAAUGUGCAGCCAGACUUCGGAGGAAAAUACACAUGCACCGUGAAGAUGACUGGAAGCAAGGAUGUGGAUUUCACCAAGUCCAUUGAAGUUUUUGGUUUUCUACCUGCCCCAGACACUGUGUACGCAUCAGGUUCCCCAGUAACUCUUCCAUGGAAAUUCAAUUUUAAUGUGCAGGACCAACCUCUGGGUGACGGAGUCAAGGUAAUCAAAGGUGCUGUCAUCCACUCUGAGGAGAAAGGGAAGGAUGGAACCAUAAUAUCUAACCUCAACCUUACUUCUGCCACAUGCUGGCCCCACUCUUGCCAUAAGAAAAUCACCUCAGGGCUAAAGUCAGACCUGAGCUAUUAUCUGAACAAACCUAAGGGAGGCUGGUACCACAUGGAAAUCACCUUGGAACUGAAGAACAGAAGAUCAGAAUUAUCGCAGACUAUCUGUGUGGCAGCUAUCACAACUUCACCCUCUCCAAAUGGAAAGAUUCCUCUUAAUUCCCCAAUCACUCUGUCAUGUAUGGUGAGCUGCAUGCCAGCUAAUGGAGUGCUCUGCUGGCACAAAGACCAUGAAAACGAUAACACAUGUGGACAACAAGGGGAUACAACCAUAGAAGUGGAACUGGACGUUUUGCCAGAAUAUGUGGGCAACUGGAGCUGCAGUCUGCUUGUUGAGAAACAAAUUAUGGCCAGACAAGUCCUGAUUAUUGAAGCAGCACUACCUCUUCAGGAAAUCAUGCUUUGGUCUGUGGCCGGAGGGGCGACUGUCCUGCUUCUGGUUGCUGUGCUGAUUGCCACGCUUGCAGUUGCUCGUUGCCGCAGGAGGCGCCGAGCACGGUACAGGGCAUGGCUUCUCCAGACAUUACAUGAGCAGAGAAGGUGUGAGUGUGACAGCAAGGGAUUUAUACCAAGACGACUUCAAGAGACGCAUUGAUAGACAUGGAUCAUUAACCCUUUUCUCUGAUAAGGCACAGCAUCUUGCCAUUAAAGGGACACUCUACUGCCCAAAUUAAAAAUAUUUAUAUAUAAAUAAAUAAGAAACCCACUGUCUGUUAGAUAUAUCCCCAAUGAAAACAAGCAUGCAUUUUAUGUAUUUUUUGAUGAUGUAUCUAAAAACACCUUGUGGGCCACAGUUCUCUUGUCUGCAGCCUUUGCAAGCCCUCCCAUUCUAACCCCGCCCAGACUUUCUGUUGGUGUCCAAUCAGACUCCCUAAUGAAAUUCAAUGAGAAGUCUUUGCCAGGCAAGGGCUCUGAGUGCUGUAGGGGUCUGAGGUGCUCCAUAAAGUCUUACAUGCCUCAUAUGGCAGAAAAUCAUUACCAGUGUUAUCGUACCAUGAAUUCUUCCAUGUAUUAUGUAAUAUAGUAUUGCUCUAUGCUUUUCCUACCUGAUGCAACAUAGUAUUGCACCUUUUACAUGUCUAUGAAUUCUAUCAUGAAACACUGGAAUGUUUAUAUUGCAGCUCUAAGUCUGCUCUCUGUGGCUGUCUACCAGACAGCCACUAGAGGGCUUCCGGAAUCCAAACUGACUUUUGAUCCAUUAUCUGACGCUGGACAUCCACACUGACCUCCAGCGUCAGAUUUUCCCCGUAAGAAAGCAUUGAAUAAUGCUUUCCUAUGGGGAGGUCUAAUGCGCGCGCACCCAUUGCCGAGCAUGCGCAUUAGGUCUCCCCCGCCAGCUGACGUCGGCGGGGGAGGAGCAUGGGCAGAGCCUGACACACCGCCGAGGGACAUCGGCGCUGGAUUCAGGUAAGUGGUUGAAGGGGUUUUAACCCCUUCAACCCUGCGGGAUGGGGGCCAUGAGGGAGGGGGGACCUAAUAACCCUAUAGUGCCAGGAAAACGGGUUUGUUUUCCAGGCACUAGCGAAUCCCUUUAACCUUUAAUGCUUUUUAGAACAGAGCAUUGCACCUUUCACACUUCCCUGCAGGAAACCUCAAAGUAUUGCCCUUUAAAACCUACACUAUCUACUACAGCAGAGCAUUGGGCCAUUAACCCCUCAUUCCCUAUUACACACAAGCACUGGUGUAAUACACAAAUAGUUCUUCCCUUCCACAACUUUCCUGUCCAACAAAGCAGAACAUCAUAUCAAAGGGGCAAUCAAGACUAUUGUGGUAUAUUAAUAUAAAAUACUGCAAUUUUCUUAUUUUCCCCUUUCUUCAUAUAUUUUUUGCAUUUUUUUUUCCUUUUAUCUUGU